CUCAGUCCUCACACCACUCCAGUGCCGACGCGUCUGCCAUUGAGUGCGGAUGUCUCGUGAUAAACACCGCGCCGUUUUCCGCGCACGUUAGAACAUCGGAGCUUUUAUUUAUAAACAAAUGUUUAUUUACUGUAAUUACCUUGGUUAAUAUUCGGUUUUGCGUACGGAUUGUUGUUAAAACGUUUUUUUCGAGUGCAAAGUGGCUUGUUUCGUUCAAUGUUUAUAUGCGAAGGUGAAAGCACAUGUGCGGCUUUCCGUAUUUCGACUGUAAUUAUAAUACGAUAUUUGAAUUAAUCAAGGUUAAUAAUAUCGCAGGUAAUAAAUAAUAUAAAAACAUGAAUAAAAAACUAACACUGCGAUGCGAUCCGCGGUAAGGCAUAGUGCACACAGUGAUAUGGUGAUAAUAUAAAAAUAGUACAAAAAAAAAAUGGCGCGACGAAACGUGAGUGUGAUGCGACUAGGGAGGUGCGUGGCUUUCCUCGCCGCGGCAACAUUCCUGCUGCCGUUCACAAUCUUGCUGAUGGUUGCCGAUCAGCAGUACAACCUCACUUACAACUCCAAACGGGUCUUCUAUCAAGAGAGCGACUUCUAUAAAAUUAAUGGAACAUAUUUAACGCCCACAUUUAUACGGACACAGUACAUCUUCGAAAAUGGCACGCACGACGAAGGUCUGUUAUCCCGGGACAAGUUUAUGGAAGUCGGCGCUAGAAUGGACGCCCGGAGAGAGUACCUCAGGAGUGAAUGCUCCAGGCUUGGCUUAGACGGCGCUGGGCAUAAGGCAUACGCUUGGGAGUACUUGAUCAAUCGGCAAUACCAUGUUAUAUGGUGCAACAUAUUCAAAGCGGCGUCUACGUCUUGGAUGUAUAACUUCAACUUAAUGGCAAACUACACAGCCGCCUUCCUAGACAGGACCAAGGAGGUUCCUCUAGAACUUGCUAGAAAGAAAUACGCGAGGCCCACAGUAGAAAUGAUCAGGAAGGCGCAGGGCGACUCCUUCACAUUCCUCAUAGUGAGACACCCGCUGGAAAGGCUGGCGUCGGCUUAUAACGAUAAAAUCGUCCACGCGUGGCCUAAGUCCUUCCAUGACCAAAUGGGGCGUAGAAUAAUAAAAAAAUAUAGAAAAGCAGCAACAAAGCCGGUGCCCACGGAGAGGUAUCCUGUGUUCGAAGAGUUCGUCUCGUACGUGCUAGACGAAGCCAAAGUCAAGCGAACAUUGGAUAUGCACUGGACUCCGUACUCCGACUUUUGCACGCCGUGCAAGUUCAACUUUGACGUCAUACUCAAAUUUGAAACAUUAGACGAGGACCAGAGGUUCCUGAUACAGAUGGCGCGGCUGCAGGAGGUGAUCAAGCCGGAGUGGCGGAACAGCGGCAAGGGCACCAACACCCUGCACAACAUCAACCAUCUGUACUCGCGCCUCAAGAAGGCUCAGCUCGACGGCCUAUACAACUUGUACAAGUACGACUUCCAACUAUUCAACUACACCGUAGACAGUUAUUACGAAAUAAUACAGAAGGACGACAGCAGCCACGGAUGAGCGAACGAAACCUCCAUAUUAUGAAUGCUUUAUUUUGUACGCUACGAAGCGCGACAAGCUUGAUUGAUGACGAACAAAAUAUCGGAAAGACUGAUUGUAAGGGAAUAUUAUAAUGGCCAUUUUAUCGAUCCGUUGCUAUUGCGUAAACUUUUUCAUGGCAACAGGUCCGGAUUUAGAAAUAGGGCCCUGAAGCAAAGUAGUGACCUAUAUGGCCGACGCACACUUGGGAAGGGAUGGCAGACUUUUAAUUGAAUAAUGAAUUUGAUACUAAUCCAAUCGAUAUAAGGUGUAUAUUUCAAUGUGCUAAGACUGUAUGCGGCUGUGUAGUCGCUAGUUGAAUGAUCUAGCUUGUCUAUUAAAAAGUGUGCGCAGGUCAUUAAUGAGUAUUGAAACAGCUUAUAUGCAACGUUUUAGUUAAAAUAUUGUGGGACAAAUUAAUUUUAGUGUCUCAAACAUUAUUAGGAAUACUUCGGUGUUGGUAAGAAAACUUUACCUAGAAAUUUCUAUUAACUAUUGGUGUAGUAUUCUUUAUACCUCUUAUGCAGGUCAAACCUCCCCUAAAUCCAGCCCUGUUUUAGAAAUACGACUAUAUUAAAACACCAUAAGGGACAGUUUUACAUAAUUCAAUAUGUACUACAUUUCCGUAUACCGCAAUUCGACGGUGACUAAUGGUAAAUUUUUGAAUUCCCAAAUUACGCGCUUAUUUAUUAUCACUAAAAAAAAUGCUGAUUCUAAUGAUUCAGAUAAGUUACGUAUAAGUACAUCUUCCUCAAUUCAAAAUGUAAAUGCAACCAUCCCAUAAGGUAUUUAAAUACAUAAUUUAUUAUGAUACGAUGAAGGGACAAAAAAUUGUUUGAACUUGUAUCCUUUCUUUAUCUAAAGCUUUCUUCGAUUUUAUUUGAGAACUAUAUAUAUUGUAUUUUGUAUAGGUUGUUUUCUACUUUCCGAAGAAGGUAUAACUUUGAAUGUAGUAGACUUGACAGAACAAACGCCUUUCUGUGUGCAAACUAAAGGAACGUCAGCAACAUUACAACUAGAUUUCAUAUGAGUUUCAACGCGAGACAAACAGUCUUCCUAAAUUAGAAUAUCUAUAUUUGUAUCCACCAAAUAAAUACGUUAUCUACCAUAUUGUUACUGCCAUUAUGUUUAUAUUUCUUCGUCUUCUGCAAUUAAAAUCUAAGAAAUACAAUGUUAAUGUACUCGUAAUCUUUUUAAAUAUUAAAGACAGUUAUUUUAAAAUAUAACUUUUGGCUUGGACUUUCUUGCAUCAAGUUCGUAUAAUUUUACGCAAGCCAUUAUAUAUAUCGGCUAUGAAUAAAAUGUUAAAAUGUAUGUUUUUAUCUGUGGCGUAACUACAGAAUCUGAUGCCCCAUAGAAUUGGAAGGGCUCCAGAAAAAUCCUCACGUAGUAUGUAUAAUGUUAGAUUACUUUUGAGCUCACGGCUUGCGGGGCACUGCACUGGUUUUUAUGUUUCUAUUUUAUUUUAUUUAUAAAAUAGAUUUUAUAAAAUAAAUCGUGUUAAAUGUUUCUUUUUAAAUCUAAACAACUAAAGCUACGCAAUUUAGCGAAGCAUUUCAGACUACCUCCUCGUACCUGGUAUGUUUGUUUCAUAAAGUUCAUAUAAUAUGUAGGAAAGCCAGGUGUUAAGCAAUGCGCACGAGUUAUAAACGCGUAAGAGCCUUGCAGUUUUGAAAUCGUUUUCGUUUGAAAUAAUUUAUGUUAUUUAUUAUAUAUAAUGUAUGUAUGUAUUUGUAAUUUCAAAAUGUCUUGACAGUAAGUGGCUCAGUUUAAUUAAAAUUUAAUUGUAAUUUUUAUCACUUUUUCGAUUAUUAAGUUGAAGUACAAUUUAGCUUCAAAAUUAGAAUAAAACGACUAUCAGGCGUGAUACUCAAUGUGAACCAACCUUUUUGAGUAACCAACAUUUUGCAUGAAAAAAAAAAACAGCAUAGCCUUCAAAUGUAUACCUAAGUAGGUAUCUACGAUUAAAUUUUGUAAUUGUAUUAUUUGUUUACUUGUCUAGCUGUCGUUAUGAAGCCUUCUCGGUAGUAUAUCUUAACUGUUACCCUAAACAAAUCUAGUACAUACUAGUAAAAUUAUAAGCUUAAAAUAGUGAUUCCAAACUUGUAAAUAUUUUGCUGGUCUCUACACAAAAGUAUUAAAAACUGUUUUUAACAUAAUUUUGCAUUCACAUAGAUUUUUUAACUUUUGUUUUGAACUUUGGAUGUCAGUUUUUGAGAAAGAAAAUUAUUUAAAAAAGUUUCUGAGGUUAAAAGGUUUCGUCUAUUUUUUGUCUAUUUUCCCAUUCGCGUUUUAGAAUACAUACCUACCUGAAAACGACAUUUUGAUUUUUGUGAGGGACUUGGCAAAAAAUUGUUGGUUAAAUGUCAUGAUUAGUGUACCAUACCUACUAGCUAAUUAAAUCUAUAUGGGUAUUAGAAAAUACUAUAUUUUACAAUAUAUUCUAUUUUAAUAUGAUACAAAAAUUUAUUAGUGCUUCCGUAUACUUAGAUUUACAAGAUUAAUAUGUAAUGAAAAUAAUUGUGAAAUAUGUACGUAAGUAAAUAUUUUGUAUGUUAAGCGUAAAUGUUACCAUCAUGUUCAAUAUAUUAUCAUCGAAAUUCAGAAAAAAAAACAUAAGACAUUGUCUAUACUCUAUAAUAUUACGACCUUUUAUAGAUGUACCUAUAAUAAUCGUUUUAUGCAAAGUAUAUUAAAAAAUUAUAUUGCCACUGUUAAAACAUAGUACGUAAUAUUUAAAAUUAUUUGUCUACGAAUAGGUACUUUAUUAAGAUAAGCUUUUUUUAAAUAAAAAAAAUUAAAAUCAUGGCAUGGGUCGAAUACAAUUAAGUACAUUUUUAAUAAUAUUUCGUCUCAUGAUUAGAUGUACCUACGCAAACAAUAUUCAUAUGAUGAUAAAUUAUUGUAACCUGGUACAUAAAAAUAUAGUGCUUGUGUAGUAUCUAUGAAUGAGCGCAAGAUAGCAAUUUAAAUGCAACUUCACAUCUUGCACAGUAGCGUAGCGAUGUCAGGGCAACGGACCCGGAUGAUAUAAAGGAAACAGCAGCAAACUUUUUGGAAAAUCAAAAUGUGGACGCGUCAUUAGACCCAUUAGAUAAAAUCUACCACAUAAAAAUACUCCUUCCAAGUAAAUACAUCGUUAUCUUGUUUUUCAAUAAACUAUACGGUAAUAAAUCUGGAUCGUUAAUAUAUUUUUAGUUUUAAACAAAUAAUUUAAAGCGGGAGCGGAAAUUUUGCAGUGGGCCCUAAGCGGCAAAAACCCUCGCUACGCUACUGGUUUUGUGCGUUAUAAAUUCUACACAAGAGAUUGUUCUAGGUUUUAAAAAAUACAUUAUACGUAUCCUAACCUACACUGCUGUCUAAUGACCAAUAUGAAUGUGAGUUGUUAUAAUAGUUGAUAAUAAAUGUCCAGACAGGGCCGCGCCACCUUUUAUAUAGGUAAAUAACGUUCAUGGUUAUUCUGUUCACUAUCGAUCAAUAUUUAGGUCUAUGGUCAAAGUUCACUUCCAUUGAACUGACCUAGUUUUUGAUUGUUCAUAUUUAAAUUUUUAUUUUUAUUUAUGUUCAUAAGAUAAGCUUUAAUAAAAAAUAUACUGAUGCCGACACAACCUAUAUUCUUAUCGUAAGAUAAAAGCGUAUUGAGUGCGUGAAGUGUUUACAAUGGCAAAUUAAGGACCAGUGAUAAUAUUAGGUCAAUAAAAUUAGGCCAACUGACAAAUUCCUUGAUAAGAAACCUUUGACACAGGCCUGUUUGGCGUCAGUCUCUGUCUGUCGUAGCCAAACAUAGACUCCGCGCCACAAAACAAGUCCUGUAGACGCGGCGACAAUGUCUUUAUGGCGCUCAUUGUCAUUUGGUAAAGGAGAUAGUCCAAAGUUGUAUGGAACCCAGGAUCAGUCAUUGUACCCUAGCAGAAAUAAAAGACGAAUUUUUUUUACUAUUUUUGAUUAUACAAAUCUACGAAUUUACUUUAAUUCUUUCGUAAUAAUAUUCAUUAUCUCCCAAGAAAUGCAACAUUAAUAAGGACAAUAAUGGCGGAUAGAUGACGUUUUCAAUGCAGUAAUCGAUUUGACGUUUGCUGUCAAUUGUCAUGUCAUAGUUGCUCUAUGAGCGCCAUUUUCAUAUUUAUUUUUAUUUAGUUACAUUUAUGCACUUUAAUAAAUUUUAAUAAAAUCUCUUGUAUUGUAUAAAUUUUAAUGAUACGGGGUACAAGAGUGGACCUGAAAUCUCCUUUAAAUUUUACUUCAGGUUUUAGCCGCGGAACUUAUUUCGUGGCACGGAGUCUACCUGAAGAUUACCUAUGGUGGGAGCAUAGGCUGAUAAAUAAAAAAGAAUUUUUAGUUAAAAAAUUGGUUACCUAUGCAGUUCGGCUCCAAUCAGACUUGUUGAAGUUAUGGGAAAUACUCCCGAUCACCCUGUAUAAAGUAUCUAGUACGGGUGAAAUAAUGAGGUAAAGCUAGUGUGAAUGAAAUUGGAUGGCGCGGUCCUGAACCUGUCCACUACAGCACUAUUUCAUAUAAAUAAUGGAGAACGCAAUGUAUUGAAUGAACCACUAAAUUACACAACUGAGUCAUCAACCGCGUGAUACAGGGAUGCGGGAGGGUUAAAAAAAUCGUAUAUAUUCUAAUUUGCAUUGCCUACAUAUAUUGAUAUUUGAGCCGAUGGACGUCGAUGCACACAGUCCUUUUAUAGGGACUUCCAAACUCAUUCAUGAUCCUGAGCCAUCUGCAUCCAGCGAAUAUCUGCGACUCGCUUGAUAUCAUCAGUCCACCUGGUGGGGGGUCGACCAACACUGCGAUUUGUAUUGCGGGGUCGCCAUUUCAACACCUUGGGACCGUCCAUCGGCUCUUCGAACUAUGUACCCCACCCCACCCAUUGCUACUUCAGUUUUGCGACUCGUUGGCUAUGUCGGUGAUUUUGGUUCUUCUGCGGAUCACCUCAUUUCUGAUUUGAUCACAUAAGCAUAGCUCGUUCCAUCGUUCGCUGUGCGACUCUGAGUCUUGUUAUGAGGAUAUUAAUAAAUGAAUUAUUUGGUAACCUGAAAUUAGCUGAGCAUUAACUAAAUGUAUCUUUAUGUAAGAAUAUUGACAAGUGAUAUUGUAUCAGCUGUCCUAAUUCACCUCAUGAAAUAAAUAAAUAAACAAGUGGUAUCAAGUGGAAUAGACGCCUCACGGUAAACGAUUUCAUUCAUUAAUUAUAUAUGUUCGUGUUAUCUCCCGUAUCUCUUUCACUCCCAUCUGACGUCAUUUUCCGCAUUGUACCACGCAGACGAAGUCUCAGUUAUGCAGUUUAUUAUAGGCAUAAGUUUACUUUGUUUAUGUUUAAGAUUAAAGGAAUAUAUUAUGUAAUUAUAAUUAAAAUUGGAUCAAUUUCGAUUUAACCGUAUAUCCUGACUGUAGAGUUUAAUUCGUCAUUUUGAUUAUUAUUUAUUUAUAGUUAAUUUUAUAAAUUAAGUAAAAUAAUACUCGUCACAUAAAAGUGCUUUUAGCAUAAUACAAGUACAAAGUUAGUACCUAUACAAAGAUAAUAUAUAAAUGAUCGUGGAAAUUCCGAUAUUUCUAAACAAUUCUUUAUAUCUGGCUCUCGCUCAUAAUCUAAUGCUUAUUGAUAUACGAGAAACAGAGAGGAAGCUACUCUAAUGCGUGCCCCUGCUAUUAGCAGCGUUUAGAAAUAUCCUAGAAUUAUUUCGUUAUUUUUACAUUUAGGUACGGCCUUAUUUAUAAACAUCGAUUCGGAUUUAAUACUCUAAUUUCUUCAAAGUCAACUUUAAAUAGUAGUAAUAAGGUCCACUUUGAAGAAAAUUGGGGUUAAAAUCUUAAUCAAUGUAUACAAAUAUGGAGGUUAUUGUUUAAUUAUAUUGCAAUUAUAAAUUGCACCAUUGUAUUAAAAUAUAUUUCAUUUAAUUUAUUAUUGCAUAUUAAUUAUAUUAAUAGUUUCGUGAAUUCACUGCAAAAAUACUGACAAGAGGCGGCAUAAAAGUCAUUUAUUGCAUUAUUAAAAUAUUUUUCUUCAAAAUUAAUAAAUAUUAUUUUUCAUUUGCUUACAUUUUACAUAUUUACAUAUUUAAAUUUCCAAAAUUAUGAUUUUGAUUUUUAUAUGUAUGUUUUGUUAAGUUACGUUAACUAGUCGUUAGUAUAUUAUUGAGGUUUUUGAGAUAAAAUGUUUUAGGAGACAAUAUAAAGCGAUGUAGAAAGUACUGGCACACAUUAUAGAAAUAUGUAAUGGCCGGCGUUCACAAAUCACAUUUAUCACUGUUAAAACUAUUAUGAGCAUUGCUAGCGUUGAAAUAAAGUCGAAAAUUGAUCAACAAAUCAACACGCCUCGUGACGUAACAGUAUGAGGUAGUUUGCGUCAGCAGUUGUGCGACGUAGUCUGCACCAGUAGUUAUUGGGGAUGACGGAUUCUGCACCGACCUCUAUCUAUUAUUUGUGGCGAAAUUAGGGCCGCCUUGGUAGUGUAUACAUGAUUAAUAAAUAAUAGAGAUGCGCCGAGUAACACUUUUGCCGAGUAACGAGUACCGAGUUUUACUCGGUUAAAUUUUUUUAAACCGAGUACUCGGCCGAGUACCUCGGUUCAAUCAAAUUCCCAUUUCGCGCGCGUAAACAAGUAUUAAUUCAAUUUAAUUCAAAAUUGUUUUUUUCAAGGCUUAGUUUACAAGCCACCAGCUCAGAAGGCGCAGUCUCCUGUUGAGAAUAGCGACGGGAAACUCAACAGUUACUCUUUUAAAUCUUUUUAUUUUAAUUUUAUUUCAAUUUAAUUGAGAUUUUCAAAGAUUUCCUAAAUUACUGAAAAAUACUUUUUGAUUAACACUGUUGUUUUAAUUAUAUGCACCUAAGUAAUGCUUUUCUUAAACAAGGUAUACUCGGCAUUCACCGACCGAGUCAUUCGGCCGAGUACGAGUAUCAAAAAAUCCGCCGAGUACGCCGAGUACCGAGUAUCAACCGAGUACUCGGCCCAUCUCUAAUAAAUAACAAUAACAGUAUCAAAAAUAAAGACUAGGACUAGGAAUUUCUAAAUCGUGAUAGGCAUAUAAGUGGGUGCCGGUACUUAAUUUAUUAUGUAGUGAAACAAUCUGCAAAGAUUUGUGAGCCUCUAAUGUUAAAUAUUAUAGUUUUAGUUAUUUAAAUUAAAUAAAAUUUUUUGUUACAAAUGUAGCGUAAGCCCAUUAAAAUGUUGACAUAUAAUUAAAUAGUGAAUACAAAAAGACAUUUAAUUUUUCAAAGUAAUGUAGUUAAUAGAAUUAUUUUAAGGGACUAUUAUUUGUUUUUGUUUUAAACUAUUCCUUAGGAUACCUAGGUCAGAUUUGCCGGAACUUUAAAAUGCAUAAUAUUAUGUUUAAGUUAAAUUAAUUAAAAUAUUUAAUGUUAUGGUUAAGUGGCAUACCCAUAACCAAAUCAGCUAUGUUAUUGUAAAAAAUGUCUAAACUUAAGUGCAUAAAAUACAAUUUCAAGUAAUAGCUUUACAGUUCUCAUCAUAUAAGUUUGCCGCUCUGAAUGUAGUAUUCGUAAAGCAGACUUCCGAACGGCAAAGUUAUUGGACUCUGACUGUACCUACUCCUUUAAAAUGUCAAAAAAUUUACUCAUUGUAAGUUUAUUGAUUUCAGAUUUCUCUUUAACUUAGCGCAUGUUGGUGCAAUAAAAAAUAAUUAUUCUAUAAUUCGCUUGUAGUACUUAGUAGAAUUACAACUACUUAGUACGUACAAACUAACGUAGAUUUUUGUGUACAGUCAACAUCAACAAUGUUUAAAUAUACGUUGAAAAACGUAUUAAUUAAAAUACCAUUACAAUAAUAAGUUGUAACUUGUAGGUAUAUAUGAGUACUGUCAGUAAACAAACAAUUAUUUUACAGUUAUUUCAAAAUUAAUUCCAUUUUUGCAAAUAACGGAGGUAUCCCGAAUCCUAUAAUCUGCUGCUAAUUUUCAACUUUCAAUAGUACAUUAUUGAGCCUUUGCCUGUGCAGUACAGGGAUUCCAAAUUCAAAUUUUGAAUUCCUGUAUCAUGCAAAAGAUGAGCUGUGAGGCUAUUCUAUAUAUUUUUUAAUAAAAAACACGGUUUACGUUUUUCAUCUUGACUGUACACUGUAUAUAUUGUAUUUGACUGUAAUAGUUAUAUGGAAAGAAUGUUAGACCAAAAAUAAUGGCCUAGAUAGUAACUGAAAUGGUGCUAUAGUCCUUUAGAUUUUGAUCUCAUAUCAAUUUGAGAGCGUGCAUGUUGAUGCUACUGUGUUGAUUGCAAACUAUCGAAUCGGUUGUGUUAAAUGAUGUUAAAGAAAAUUUUAUUCUUAGUACUUAUAGAGAAUAAUAAAUAUGAGUUUAAUUCAGAAUAAAUUUGUUUUAAUUGUG